CCGGCCCGCUUAGCCUUCCGCCAAAAACGUCAGCGCCCGCGGGCGGUGGGAAUCCGCGGUGCUCCCGGAGGUCGUCCUGGCUUGAGGCUGCGAAGGUCGCCGGGCUGGGGCCGCGGGGCUCCGGGGCGGCGGCCUCAGCGACACCAUGGCUCGAAAUGCGGAAAAGGCCAUGACGGCCUUAGCCCGAUUUCGCCAGGCUCAACUGGAAGAGGGCAAAGUGAAGGAACGAAGACCGUUUCUUGCCUCGGAAUGUACCGAGCUGCCCAAAGCCGAGAAGUGGAGACGACAGAUCAUUGGAGAGAUAUCGAAAAAGGUGGCUCAGAUUCAGAAUGCUGGUUUAGGUGAAUUCCGGAUUCGGGACCUGAAUGACGAGAUCAACAAGCUGCUCAGGGAGAAGGGCCACUGGGAGGUCCGGAUCAAGGAGCUGGGCGGGUCUGAUUACGGAAAAGUUGGCCCUAAAAUGCUGGAUCACGAAGGCAAAGAAGUCCCGGGAAACCGAGGCUACAAGUACUUUGGAGCAGCCAAAGAUUUGCCUGGUGUCAGAGAGUUAUUUGAAAAAGAACCUCUUCCCCCUCCCAGAAAGACCCGGGCCGAGCUCAUGAAGGCGAUUGACUUUGAGUACUACGGCUACCUGGAUGAAGACGACGGGGUCAUCGUGCCUUUGGAACAGGAAUACGAAAAGAAACUCCGAGCCGACUUGGUGGGGAAGUGGAAGGCAGAGAGAGAGGCCCGGCUGGCCAGAGGAGAAGAGGAAGAGGAAGAGGAAGAGGAGGAGGAAGUCAACAUCUACGCUGUCACCGAGGAGGAGUCGGACGAGGAAGGCAGCCAGGAGAAAGGAGGGGACGACGGGCAGCAGAAGUUCAUCGCUCACGUGCCUGUGCCCUCCCAGCAGGAGAUCGAGGAGGCCCUGGUGCGGAGGAAGAAGAUGGAGCUCCUGCAGAAGUACGCCAGCGAGACCCUGCAGGCCCAGAGCGAAGAAGCCAAAAGGCUGCUGGGGUACUAGGGGGCUCUCCCUGGAGUCCGGAAGAUCCGGUGGGCGUCCCUCCCUCCUCCUGCGGCCACACGGGACCCCCCGGUCCCCGGCCACAGCCAGCCAGGUUCCCCGAGCUUUUCUCGUCCUUCGUCCCCCUCCUUCCUGCCUUUCUUACCUCGUGUGCUGGGGGCCGGGUUCUGUCCCUGGCCCCCCUGCUUGGCGUGUGUACAGAGCUUUUGCUACCGUCCGAAAUCCGCUUAUUUUUAUCGUGCAUUGUGCAAAACAGCCAGCUGCCUGGCUGCCCGUGUUGUGUCUCUUCCCGUCCCUGUUAUUCUGGGCGGGGGGAGGAGAAGAAUCAGUGAGUGGCUAACAUUAAAACAAUGUAAUUUUUUUUAAAAAAGACACAUCUUCUCUUGCAAAAGGAGAUGUGUCAGCCCUGAGCCGCACCCCCGGGGGCCACGGCCACCGGGUCCCUCCGUGGGGGCCUGCUUGUGGCUUGUCCCCCACCACGCCGGUCCACAGCCACUGUGUCCCUCCAUGGGGUCCUGCUCGUGGCCCGUCCGGAGCCCCCUUCAGCCUCCCCCGCCGCAGAAAUCUCGAGCUUGCUAAUUUUUUUUUUUAAAUAACCCGUUCCGCAGAGAGCUAUUUUUAUUAAAGAUUUUUAUAAGAAAGGGA